UAUUAGUCAAUGAAUGUUGAAGAAGAAACGAUAAAUAUACGAUAAUAAUACACAACAACAGAAUAAAACAAAAGCAAAAUAGCAACCAGAUGAUGAUGUUGAUGAUUACGAAGAGGUUGUUGUUUUAACAAAUUGUGAAUUCGAAAAAUCAGUUGAAAUUUGCUCGCCUUAGCAAGAGGUUGUUAACAGCUCCGCCUCUUGAUAGAAUAAUAAAAUAUAUAUUUUUUUAUUUUUUAAACUACAAUUAUAAUAAUAACGCGGGUUUUAAACAGAAACUUUUAAAUUGAAUUAAGAAUUUUGAAUUUUAAAAAAUAGUGAAACGAACGAACAAUUUUGAAACUGAAAAACGCCAAAUUUGUUAAAAAAAUAUUGAAAAUUUUAUUAAAAUAUUAAACUUUAAAGUGCAAAGUGUUUUUGAAAAGUUAAAGAAGUUUUAUUAACGAAUUUAAUAAAAAAUUGUUGAAGCAAAAGAAUAAAACAGUUGCCACGAAAAAAAAUUAUUAAAAAAAAAAUUACAAACAUAAAAAUAUCUUUAAACUGAUUAAAAGUUACACUAACAACAACUACAAACAAAAUUUACAUUUCUCUCAGUGUAACUAAAAGUACCAAUAAAUCUACAGAAAACAACCGUGCCUUGUACAUUGUCACAUACAUAUCAUCACAAAAUUUUAAACCACAAACAAACAAAAUUAUCAUUAAAAUUAAAGUGUUUUAAAUAGAAUAUGUUUAAUAGCAAACAAUUACCACCACCACCACCGCCAACAACAAAAAGACGUACUAAUCUUCAAAAAUUGCCAGUUUCUUUAUCAUCUACAACAACGUCAACAUCUGCAGCAACAGUCAUCUCAAAUUCAUUAUUAAACACCACCUGUAAAAGCUCAAACAGCCUUAAAAUGUCUACCCGCCAAAGUUAUGUGUUCUUAGGUUUAACCAUACUGUUAACAAUUAUAGCCACAGUCCAAUCUGGACCAGUGUCAACGACAACGCAAGCUGAGAUAUAUUUAUCACAAUUUGGUUACUUACCCGCCUCCGCCCGCAAUUCUGCCAAUGGUGGUCUCUUGGAUGCCAAUACCUGGAUCAAAGCUGUGCAGGACUUUCAAAGUUUUGCCGGCUUAAAUACCACUGGUGAGCUAGACGCUGAGACCAUGGAAUUAAUGUCACUGCCACGUUGUGGUGUACGCGAUAAGGUGGGUUUUGGUAAUGAUAAUCGUUCCAAGCGUUAUGCACUCCAGGGUAGCCGUUGGCGUGUAAAGGCUUUAACCUAUAAAAUCUCCAAAUAUCCUAAACGUUUGAAGAAAGCUGAUGUUGAUGCCGAAAUUGCUAGAGCUUUUGCUGUCUGGAGUGAAUAUACCGAUCUAAGUUUUACACCCAAAAGUUCGGGACCAGUACAUAUUGAAAUUAAAUUUGUUGAAAGUGAACAUGGUGAUGGUGAUGCUUUCGAUGGUGUAGGUGGUACCUUGGCUCAUGCCUUCUUCCCUGUCUUUGGUGGUGAUGCUCAUUUCGAUGAUGCUGAACUUUGGACUAUUGGCAGUCCUCGUGGCACUAAUCUUUUCCAAGUUGCUGCUCAUGAAUUUGGUCACUCUUUGGGUUUGUCACAUUCCGAUGUACGUUCCGCUUUAAUGGCUCCCUUCUAUCGUGGUUUUGAGCCAGUUUUCAAAUUGGACUCUGAUGAUGUUUUAGCUAUUCAGGCUUUAUAUGGCAAGAAAUCCUCUUCAAAUGGUAAUGGUAUUAAUCCUCCCAGCGGUGGUGCCUUCCCACGUACCACACAAAGACCCGCCUUUGCUCCACCACGCACACCCAGAGAUGAUCAGUUAUGUAAAGAUCCCAAAAUUGAUGCUCUCUUCAAUUCAGCCGAUGGCCAGACUUAUGCUCUUAAGGGUAAUAAAUACUAUAAACUUACCGAAAACUCAGUGGCCGAUGGAUAUCCCAAACUUAUCUCAGAAGGAUGGCCUGGUUUACCAGGCGAUAUUGAUGCUGCUUUUACUUAUAAAAAUGGCAAAACAUAUUUCUUCAAGGGCACCAAAUAUUGGCGCUACAAUGGCCGUCAAAUGGAUGGUGACUACCCGAAAGAGAUUAGUGAAGGUUUUACUGGAGUGCCCGAUCAUUUGGAUGCUGCCAUGGUUUGGGGCGGUAAUGGCAAAAUUUACUUCUAUAAGGGUAGUAAAUUCUGGCGUUUUGAUCCCUUGAAGAGACCACCAGUUAAGUCCAGCUAUCCCAAACCGAUUUCGAAUUGGGAAGGCUUGCCAAAUAGUUUAGAUGCUGCCUUACAAUAUACCAACGGUUAUACGUACUUCUUUAAGGGUGAUAAAUACUAUCGGUUUAACGAUAGAACAUUUGCAGUUGAUGCUGCUGAUCCUCCAUUCCCCCGCCCCUCAGCCCACUGGUGGUUCGGCUGCAAGAAUACACCCUCAACAACAGGUAAUAUUGUGGACAAUUCACAGGAAACUGAAUUGCAUGAAUCAUCUUUCAAUGAUUAUGAAAAUGAUGAUACAGUAUUUGAUGCAGGCGUACGAAAACGUGGAUAAAUUACAGAAACAAAAAACUUCAUAAACAUAAAUAUACAAACUGUAAAGAAAACAUUAAACAUAAACCCACAUAUAAGCAACUCCACACACAAACACACACACACAGUCACAAAACAAUACACAUACAAAUGCAUAAAACUAUUAAACUGAAAGCUUCGCAAUGCUUCAACGUUAUAGAAAGAUAAAGGAAACGGAAGUAACAGUUAGAAAUGUAAAGUAGUGUGUAAUUUUUAGUAGAAAAUUCUCUUUUGCUUACACUCUCAAAUCUUUCUUUCUCUCUCUGUCUAUCAUUCUCUGUAUGCAAUACAAUGCUUAGAUGUGUUAAUGUUAGUUUGAAAAAAACUAUAAGUUUAUGUUAUUUUAGUUAAUAUUAUCCCAAUCCCCCAUUUUCCCGCUCUUUCACUCUUUUUCCAUUUUUUUUUUUUUUUGUAAUUGAGUGUUUAAAGUAUGGCUUAGAGAGUAAAAAAAUAGAGCAAAAUGUUAACAAAUUGCUACAAGCACUUUAUUAUUUGAAUGUUAGUUUGUUUUGUUAAAUUUCUUUCUUGAUUCUUGCUAAUUGGCACAAAUUUCAAUGUGAUUUUUAAAAUAAUUUUUAAUUUUUUUAAAACAAUUUUAUUUUCUUUUUUUUAUUUAUUUGAAAAAACCAAAACGACCUAAAACGAAAACAAAAAAUUCAAAUUCAAACGAUUCUGAAACACUUUACAACUUUUUAUAACUAAUAAACAUGACUCAAAAAAAAAAAACUUUAAAAACCAAUUAAACAACCAAUCAUCCACCCACCCACCAACCAAGCAGAUAUUGAAAAAAGAGAUGUAAAUAAUAAUGGCAGAGGAUUUGUAACGCCUGGCUGGAUGUGGAAUAUAGCACGUUCAUGGUUUUAAAGUUUAACAAACAACAACAAUAACUAAACACAAAUAUUCUGACUCGAUUAUUCAACUAAACUAAAGCAAAAGAAACGUGAUAUUUUUGUAAACAACAAAAAAAGUAAUAAUAAUAAUAUAAACUAACUAAAUGAGACUUGGUAAACUAAAAACUUAAAACAUAACACUUGCUGUUCAUUUCAAAAAAAAAAAAAAAUAAACAAAAAGUUUCAUCAUCAUUUUAUUAAAUAUAACCCUAAAAAAACAUAGCAGCAACUAAGCUAUAGUGUGGCAACAUUGUUUUGUGUCCCGUGUGUAUGUAAAUAUAAACAUCUGCCCAUAAACAACAUUGUACAGAGCUGCUGUCAGCGCUAAUCAAACGUUUGUUUGUUUGUUU